AUGUUAGUUAAGACUUUAUUAGAAAAUCUUGAAAGACGUUUGCAACAUUUGGAAUUAAUAAUGAGCUUAUUUGAUCCCAAUCAAUUGAAGUAUUUACGUGAAAUGGAAACUCGACUGCUAGAAUCAAACGCAUACCAUGAACUUUACAAUGAGUAUAAGAACGUCAUUAAAGCAAGCGUUUCUUGUUCAGAAAAAAGAAAUCCAAUUUUCGAACUUGAAUUAUCAAACUUGGAAGCACUUCUCAAAUUCUUCAUUGACAUUAAGAAAGUUGCUAACUAUGAUCAAACAAAUUUUACCAAAGACUUUUUAAUCUUUUUAAACGAACAUAGAAUCGCGUUUAAACAAUUUAUACACCUUCAGCAGCUUUUAAACGAACAUCAUGAACUACUUAAACGAACUAUUCGUUUAGUAGUACUUCACUACAUUGAACCAACGUUAUUUAAAAAUAACAUAUUACAAGAUUUAAGUUUGCGACUGCGAAGAUUAGAGCGAAGAGUUCAAAUAGAGAACUCCACUACUCAUAAACUGAGGAAGGAAAAUUACUGA